UUUCACAGUCAAUAUCAAGUAGCAGCAUGUUGACAUUGCUAGACUAACCACCCGGCCACAUACAACAGAUGUACUGCAGAACGUCUCUGUGAUCUCUUAGGAUGGACACCUACACAGAUUAUACACAUGAUUACGACACUGAGAACUUUACUUACGAUGAAUUAGUUAAUGUCACAGAUGACUGCUCUGUCUCACGCCUGCAUGGCUCCAACAUCUUCCUGCCCAUACUAUAUUUUCUCAUAUUUUUUACAGGCUUUCUGGGCAACCUCUUUGUUAUCUCAGUCGUGGGCAGCAAAGGUAGGAGAGGUGGGCGUCUGGUGGACACUUUUGUUGUCAACCUGGCCCUGGCUGACCUCGUCUUUGUCCUCACGCUGCCUCUGUGGGCCAUCUCUGCAAGCCAGAGUGGCUACUGGGACUUUGGGAGAAUUGGGGACCUGCUGUGUAAACUGAGCAGCUACAUUAUAGCUGUGAACCGCUUCUCCAACAUCUUCUUUCUCACCUGCAUGAGUGUCGAUCGUUACCUGGCUGUGGUGAAGCUGAUGGACUCGAGGUACCUCAGGAGCAGCAGGUGCAUCCGUGCCACUUGUGCUGCUGUGUGGUUGAGCUCGCUGGUGCUUGGCAUCCCAUCCCUGGUGUACCGCAGAGUGGAGCAGUCCAGUUAUGGACUCUCCUGCGUGGAAGAUAACAACUCAAGUUUUUUUCUUGGCCUGAGCCUCACCAUGGCGUUCCUCACCUUUGUCUUCCCAGUGUUAAUCAUCGUGCUCUGCUAUGGCACCAUCAUUGUGCAUCUCAACCACCACUGUGCUGCAAAUCCUCGAGCUGAAGCCCGUCGCAGACACUCCUUCAAGAUGGUCCUCUCCAUCAUAGUGGCCUUCGUGGUGUCCUGGCUCCCUUUCAACAUCUUCAAAAUCAUUAUAAUCAGCUCACAUCUCUUAAACGUUGAUCUGAGUUGUGAUGCUCAGACGUGGCAAAGAGAUGGGCUCCUCGUCUCGUGCUGCCUGGCCUUCCUCAACAGCUGUGUGAAUCCAGCCAUUUACUUUUUCCUGGACCAUCACUUCAGACGACGGGCCAAGCUCCUGUACAAGAACUGCAUAGGGCAGCCAAAUUUGCUGCAGAGCCACAACUCCUCAGCCUCAUUCACCAAUGUUGGCACUUCAGAGAGCUAUGGAACAAGUGUUGGGAGAACCCAGCUGCAGGUGGUUGAGUUGGAGAAGACAUAACUCUUUUCUUUAACUUUGAAUGUAGAAAAGUUAUUGUUUGAUUAUUAUUAUAUGAUAGCUUGUCAUGUUCAUUUUUAUAAUGAGAGACUUUGUGCAUAUUUUUCUCAAAGGAUGUUUAAAUAUGAAGUAAAAUCAGAUACAAGGCAAGAAAAGAGUUUUUUUCAAUUAGUGGCAUGAUGUGAUUUUCCUUUGUCAUACAUUUCCUUCAUUCAAAUUGUCUACAAAUAUUGAACAUGCUGUUUACACUGCUUAUAGUGUGUAGUGUGUAGUCUUGUAUGAAAACCCUUAUCGUUUUUUGCAGCAUUAGUAGAAUUCAAUUAAAUAAAUUUAGAGGUGUAAAUACAAUUUUUUAUAACUAUUUUUAUAUAUUGAAGGCAAUAAUCUAAUGUUGUUAAUGUAAAAUGUUUGGUGCAUGAAAAUUGUUGUGAUAAAGAAUAAAAAAAAAUGUGUGUAUUUGUAAGUUAAAGUGAGUUUUUAACUGAGGACACCAUAAUGUUUUCUAGUUGUUUUGCUGGUAAAAAUGAAAUAAUAAAAUAAAUAAAUUAUGAAGAUGAGAUAUUGAAUCAAAUGAAAUAAAUCAGCCAAAAAUAAUUGUUAAUUAAGGAUAACAGAGUUUAAGGUCAUGAUUUAAUUAUGUUACAAUAUAAAAGAGACAUAACAUCUCAAAUAUUUAUAACAAUCUUUUCCAUAAUUAGAAUCCAGAUACCAAAAACAGUUGAAGUAAAAUACAUCUGAGUUGUUGCACUCACAUUAAAAAUGCAUUCACAGCAUAUGAAAUCCUGCUGAUUAGACACAAUGAUACAGUUAGUCUCCCAUUAGACCUGCAGCCAAGACAGUCGUGUUUUACAGGAUCCAAUAUAUUAGAAUCUUGAAAUAAUGUUAGAAUAAAGAUGAUUUUAGUUAAAUUUAUGGAGAUUUAGAAAAAAAAACUUUUAUUAUAACAUGUUAGGAGCUUAGCAGCCUUAUUAAAUUCAAUUAUGCCAUUACUGCAGUUGUAAUUGCUUGUAACUGACAUUACCGAGGUUUAAAGCAAUUAAAUCAUUUUCUAUUUCUUUCUGUUGUGAAGACAACUAGCUGUAAGGUCGUAUUUGUAUCUAUUUUAAUAAUGUCCAGUGUUUCCAGAAACUGUUUCACUCUGUUUCAUGACUGUUAAGUCAUAUGUGUGGUUUGACUGAUGUUGUUCGAGUGCAGACUAAAAUAAAUUAAAAACACAGCAUGUAGACUAAAACCCCAAGAGAGUUGUGAAACAUGAGGUCAUUUAUGUUUUCCCUCUCUCAUGUGUGAGUUUCGCAGAAGAAAACAAGAACACAAAAAGAACUGUGAGAA